UCUUAUCGUCGUCGUCCACCCCACAUUUUCGUUUUCAAAGGAGAAGGAAAGGAUUUGGUUUGGCCAUGGCCAUGGCCGCGCGUUGCUUCUUCUCCCCGGAAGCUAAACCAUCCUGCUUCUCCUUCACACCGAGGUGCUCCUCCUCCCCGCCGCCGCCCCUAGGAGGAAAUGGGAGGGGAAAGAAGGCGGUGAGGGAGGACUGGAGGGAGAAAUCGAAUCCCAUCCCUCCCGGAGGCGUCUACCCAGCCAAGGACAAGUGCAGCCGCUGCGGCCUCUGCGACACCUACUACAUCGCCCAUGUCAACACCGCCUGCGCCUUCCUCGGAGACGGCAUGUCCCGUGUCGAGGAUCUGGAACCGAUAGUCCAUGGGAGGGGCAGGAAGGAUACCAUGGAUGAACUCUACUUCGGGGUGCAUGACCAACUCCUCUAUUCCAGGAAGACACAACCUGUUCAAGGAGCCCAAUGGACAGGAAUAGUCACCACUAUUGCGGUUGAGAUGCUCAAAGCAAAUAUGGUCGAUGCCGUGGUUUGUGUACAAAGUGAUCCAGAAGAUAGGCUGGCUCCGAGGCCUGUUUUAGCCAGGACGCCAGAAGAAGUGAUUGCAGCUAAAGGUGUCAAGCCAACAUUAUCACCUAAUCUCGAUACACUUGCCUUAGUUGAGGCAGCUGGUGUAAAGCGUCUUCUUUUUUGUGGUGUGGGUUGCCAAGUGCAAGCUUUGAGAUCUGUAGAGAAGUACCUUGGCUUGGAAAAGCUUUACGUGCUCGGCACAAACUGUGUGGACAAUGGUACCCGUGAAGGACUUGAUAAAUUUUUGAAGGCUGCAAGCACUGAACCAGAAACUGUUCUACAUUACGAAUUUAUGCAAGAUUACAAGGUGCACUUGAAGCAUUUGGAUGGGCAUAUAGAAGAGGUGCCGUAUUUUUGCCUGCCAGCAAACGAUCUAGUUGAUGUUAUUGCACCAUCAUGCUACAGCUGCUUUGACUACACAAAUGGAUUGGCGGAUUUAGUGGUGGGCUAUAUGGGAGUACCUAAAUAUUCUGGGGUUUCCAUGACUCAGCACCCUCAGUAUAUCACCGUCAGGAACGAGCGUGGAAGGGAGAUGCUCAGCUUGGUAGAGGGCCUUUUGGAGAGCACGCCAACAGUUAGCAGUGGCGCGAGAGAAGCAUUUGUGAUGGAGACAGUGAAAGCUGAUGAUGCAGCCAAAAUGGGGAAGGGCCCUGCCAAUCCAGCUCCCAGAUUUGUGGGCAACAUCAUUGCCUUCCUGCUAAACCUGAUUGGGCCCAAGGGGCUGGAGUUUGGUCGUUACUCUCUGGAUUACCACACGAUAAGGAACUACCUGUAUGUGAAGCGGGCAUGGGGAAGCACAAGAGCGGAGCAGCACAUGCCAUCGUAUGCCAAGAAAAUCGUGGAAGCGUACAACAAGGAUGGACGCAUCGACUCGAUGCUACAAGAUAUAAAACAAUAGUCAGUCCAUAUGUUCCAUUCCAUGUAUAUGUAUAGCAAGCUAUCUAGGUAGGUAGGUCUGAUUGUUGUAGAGCUUAAACUAGCUUCACAAGCACUACCUACUGUAAAUUACCAAUAUGUGUGAUUCUGCCGUAUAUCAAUGUGAUUUGGUACAAUGUGUGAAGCAAGCAA